AUGAUCGCGGAGCCUGCUCACUUUUACCUCUUUGGAUUAAUAUGUCUCUGUUCAGGCUCCCGUCUUCGUCAGGAAGAUUUUCCACCUCGCAUUGUUGAACACCCUUCAGAUCUAAUUGUAUCAAAAGGAGAACCUGCAACUUUGAACUGCAAAGCUGAAGGUCGCCCCACACCCACCAUCGAAUGGUACAAAGGUGGGGAGAGAGUGGAAACAGACAAAGAUGACCCUCGUUCACACCGAAUGUUGCUGCCAAGUGGAUCUUUAUUUUUCUUACGUAUAGUGCAUGGACGAAAAAGUAGGCCUGAUGAAGGGGUCUACGUCUGUGUAGCAAGGAAUUACCUCGGAGAGGCUGUGAGUCACAAUGCAUCGCUGGAGGUAGCCAUACUACGGGAUGACUUCAGACAAAACCCUUCCGAUGUCAUGGUGGCCGUGGGAGAGCCUGCCGUGAUGGAAUGCCAGCCCCCACGAGGCCAUCCCGAACCCACCAUUUCAUGGAAGAAAGAUGGCUCUCCACUGGAUGAUAAAGAUGAAAGAAUAACUAUACGAGGAGGAAAGCUCAUGAUUACUUACACCCGCAAAAGUGAUGCAGGCAAAUAUGUUUGUGUUGGUACCAACAUGGUUGGGGAGCGUGAGAGUGAAGUAGCAGAGCUCACUGUGUUAGAGAGACCGUCCUUUGUGAAGAGACCUAGUAACUUGGCAGUCACUGUGGAUGACAGUGCGGAAUUUAAAUGUGAGGCCCGAGGUGACCCUGUGCCCACCGUACGAUGGAGGAAAGAUGAUGGGGAACUGCCCAAGUCCAGAUAUGAAAUCAGAGAUGAUCAUACCUUGAAAAUUCGGAAGGUGACAGCUAGUGACAUGGGGUCAUAUACUUGUGUUGCAGAGAACAUGGUUGGAAAAGCUGAAGCAUCAGCUACUCUGACGGUCCAAGAACCUCCACAUUUCGUUGUGAAACCCCGUGACCAGGUGGUUGCCUUGGGACGAACGGUCACUUUCCAGUGUGAAGCAACAGGAAACCCCCAACCAGCUAUCUUCUGGAGGAGAGAGGGGAGUCAGAAUCUGCUUUUCUCAUAUCAGCCACCACAGUCAUCCAGCCGUUUUUCAGUCUCCCAGACUGGUGACCUCACUAUUACUAAUGUCCAGCGAUCUGAUGUUGGUUAUUAUAUCUGCCAGACUUUGAAUGUUGCCGGAAGUAUCAUCACAAAAGCAUAUUUGGAAGUUACUGAUGUGAUUGCAGACCGACCUCCCCCAGUCAUUCGACAAGGUCCUGUGAAUCAGACUGUAGCAGUGGAUGGUACUUUAGUGCUCAGCUGUGUGGCCACAGGCAGUCCAGUGCCCACAAUUCUGUGGAGAAAGGAUGGAGUCCUUGUUUCAACCCAAGAUUCUCGAAUCAAACAGCUGGAGACCGGAGUACUACAGAUCCGAUAUGCUAAGCUGGGUGAUACUGGUCGAUACACGUGCAUUGCAUCAACCCCCAGUGGUGAAGCAACAUGGAGUGCUUACAUUGAAGUCCAAGAGUUUGGAGUUCCAGUUCAGCCUCCAAGACCCACUGACCCAAAUUUAAUCCCUAGUGCCCCCUCAAAACCUGAAGUUACAGAUGUCAGCCGAAAUACAGUAACGUUGUCAUGGCAACCAAAUUUGAAUUCAGGUGCAACUCCAACGUCUUAUAUUAUAGAAGCCUUCAGCCAUGCAUCUGGUAGCAGCUGGCAGACCGUAGCAGAGAAUGUGAAAACAGAAACAUUCGCCAUUAAAGGACUCAAACCUAAUGCAAUUUACCUUUUCCUUGUGAGGGCAGCCAAUGCAUAUGGAAUUAGUGAUCCAAGCCAGAUAUCAGACCCAGUGAAAACACAAGAUGUUCCCCCAACCAGUCAGGGGGUGGAUCACAAGCAGGUCCAGCGAGAACUGGGAAAUGUUGUUCUGCAUCUCCACAACCCCACCAUCCUUUCCUCCUCUUCAAUCGAAGUGCACUGGACAGUGGACCAACAGUCUCAGUAUAUUCAAGGAUACAAAGUUCUUUACCGCCCAUCUGGAGCCAACCAUGGUGAAUCCGAGUGGUUAGUUUUUGAAGUGAGGACCCCAACCAAAAAUAGUGUGGUUAUCCCUGAUCUCAAAAAAGGAGUCAACUAUGAAAUUAAGGCUCGUCCUUUUUUUAAUGAAUUUCAAGGAGCAGAUAGUGAAAUUAAAUUUGCCAAAACCCUAGAAGAAGCACCCAGUGCCCCACCUCAAAGUGUAACUGUAUCAAAGAAUGAUGGAAAUGGAACUGCAAUUCUGGUUAGCUGGCAGCCACCUCCUGAAGAUAAUCAAAAUGGAAUGGUCCAAGAGUAUAAGGUUUGGUGUCUGGGCAAUGAAACACGAUACCAUAUAAACAAGACAGUAGAUGGUUCCACCUUUUCUGUGGUUAUUCCCUCACUGGUUCCUGGCAUCCGAUAUAGUGUAGAGGUGGCAGCCAGCACGGGGGCCGGGUCAGGGGUGAAGAGUGAGCCACAGUUCAUCCAGUUAGAUUCUCAUGGAAAUCCUGUGUCACCUGAGGACCAAGUCAGCCUUGCUCAGCAGAUCUCAGACGUAGUGAAGCAGCCGGCUUUCAUCGCAGGAAUUGGGGCUGCCUGUUGGAUCAUCCUUAUGGUUUUUAGCAUCUGGCUCUAUCGACACCGAAAGAAGAGAAAUGGGCUGACUAGUACUUAUGCGGGUAUCAGAAAAGUCCCGUCUUUUACCUUCACACCAACAGUAACUUAUCAGAGAGGAGGCGAAGCUGUGAGCAGUGGAGGGAGGCCAGGACUUCUCAACAUCAGUGAACCUGCCACGCAGCCGUGGCUGGCAGACACAUGGCCCAACACUGGGAAUAACCACAAUGACUGCUCCAUCAAUUGCUGCACGGCAGGCAAUGGGAACAGUGAUGGCAACCUGACCACGUAUAGUCGCCCAGCUGAUUGUAUAGCAAAUUAUAACAACCAACUGGAUAACAAACAAACAAAUCUGAUGCUCCCUGAGUCAACUGUUUAUGGUGAUGUGGACCUUAGUAACAAAAUCAAUGAGAUGAAAACCUUCAAUAGCCCAAAUCUGAAGGAUGGGCGUUUUGUCAAUCCAUCAGGGCAGCCCACCCCUUAUGCCACCACCCAGCUCAUCCAGUCAAACCUCAGCAACAACAUGAACAAUGGCAGUGGGGAAUCUGGUGAGAAGCACUGGAAGCCACCCGGCCAGCAGAAACAGGAAGUGGCGUCAAUUCAGUAUAACAUCAUGGAGCAAAACAAACUGAACAAAGAUUAUCGCGCAAAUGACACAAUUGCUCCAACUAUCCCGUACAACCAGUCGUAUGACCAGAAUACUGGAGGAUCCUACAACAGUUCAGACCGGGGAAGUAGUACAUCAGGUAAUCAAGGGCAUAAGAAAGGGGCACGGACACCCAAAGUCCCAAAGCAAGGCGGCAUGAGCUGGGCAGACCUACUGCCCCCGCCCCCAGCGCAUCCUCCUCCUCCCAGCAACAGUGAAGAGUAUAGCAUGUCUGUGGAUGAAAGCUAUGACCAAGAAAUGCCAUGCCCCGUGCCCCCAGCGCGGAUGUAUCUGCAACAAGGCGAACUAGAAGACGAGGAAGAUGAGCGAGGUCCCACGCCCCCUGUGCGGGGAGCCGCCUCAUCUCCGGCUGCAGUGUCCUACAGCCAUCAGUCCACCGCCACUCUCACGCCCUCUCCGCAGGAAGAACUCCAGCCCAUGUUACAGGAGUGCCCCGAGGAGGUGGGCCAUGGGCAGCACCAGCCUGACCGGAGACGGCAGCCUGUGAGCCCUCCUCCACCUCCAAGGCCGCUUUCCCCACCCCACACCUACGGCUACAUUUCAGGACCGCUUGUCUCAGACAUGGAUACGGAUGCGCCAGAAGAGGAAGAAGACGAAGCCGACAUGGAGGUAGCCAAGAUGCAGACCAGGCGGCUUUUGUUACGUGGGCUGGAGCAGACCCCCGCCUCCAGUGUCGGGGACCUGGAGAGCUCUGUCACUGGGUCCAUGAUCAAUGGUUGGGGCUCGGCCUCAGAGGAGGACAACAUUUCCAGCGGACGCUCCAGCGUUAGUUCUUCUGAUGGCUCCUUUUUCACUGAUGCUGAUUUUGCCCAGGCGGUCGCAGCGGCCGCGGAGUAUGCUGGUCUGAAAGUGGCCCGGCGCCAAAUGCAGGAUGCUGCUGGCCGCCGCCAUUUUCAUGCAUCCCAGUGCCCUAGACCCACAAGUCCUGUUUCUACAGACAGCAACAUGAGUGCUGCCAUAGUACAGAAGGCCAGACCAGCCAAGAAACAAAAACACCAGCCAGGACAUCUGCGCAGAGAAGCCUACACAGAUGAUCUUCCACCUCCCCCUGUGCCACCUCCUGCUAUCAAGUCACCCACCGCCCAAUCCAAGGCCCAGUUGGAGGUCCGGCCCAUGAUGGUGCCAAAACUCCCUUCUAUAGAAGCAAGAACAGACAGAUCAUCAGAUAGAAAAGGAGGCAAUUACAAGGGGAGGGAAGUAUUGGAUGGAAGACAAGUUGCUGAUAUGCGACCAAACCCAGGUGAUCCCAGAGAAGCACAAGAACAGCCAAAUGAUGGGAAAGGACGAGGAACCAAGGCAGCCAAACGCGACCUUCCACCAGCAAAGACUCAUCUCAUCCAAGAGGAUAUUCUGCCUUACUGUAGACCUACUUUUCCGACAUCAAAUAAUCCCAGAGAUCCUAGUUCUUCAAGUUCUAUGUCAUCACGAGGAUCAGGAAGCAGACAAAGAGAACAAGCAAAUGUAGGUCGAAGAAAUAUUGCAGAGAUGCAAGUUCUUGGAGGAUAUGAAAGAGAAGAUAAUAAUGAAGAAUUAGAGGAAACUGAAAGCUGA